CUAUCGUCAACGCACUACUGGCAUUCUUCCGAAUACAUUAUCCCUAGUCCCCACCCGAGCAGUGUCGUCGCGUACCAAGCCUGCUUGCCUCACAACUUGUCUCACCCAGCUCUCCGAUCAUCCACGAUGUCCGGCAGUCAACAAGGCGAGUGGCCGCCAUUCGCCGGCUACCAAGUGCCCAACAUGUCUGGCAAUCAACAAGGCGACUUACCGCAAUUCGACGUCAAUCAAGGGCCCAUGAUAUCUGGUGCUCAGCCAGGCGAGUCACCCAAGUUUGGCGACGACGAGAUGCCUACCGGUAGCAUGUAUGGAAGUCAGCAAGGAGAGUUACCGCAAUUCGACCCCAACGAACUGCCUGGCAUCUAUGAAAAUCAGCAUGGAGAGUUAGAACAAUUCGACGUCAACCAAGCGCCCAUGUUGUUUGGCGAUCAACAAGUCAUGCUAGAGCAGUUUGACGCCAACCAGAUGCCUACCGAGAGCAUGUAUGGAAGUCAGCAAGGCGAGUCGCCUCUUUCCCCUGCCAACCAGGUGCCCAUGAUGUUUGGCAAUCAACAAGGCGAGUCGUCGCUUUCCCCUGCCAACCAGGUGCCCACGAUGUCUAGCAAUCAGCAAGGCGAGUCACAGCAGUUCAACGCCAACCAAGCACUCAUAUUGUUUAGCAAUCAACAAGGCGAGUUGUCGCUUUCCCCUACCAACCAGGUGCCCACGAUGUCUAGCAAUCAGCAAGGCGAGUCACAGCAGUUCAACGCCAACCAAGCACUCAUAAUGUUUAGCAAUCAGCAAGGCGAGUUGCCGCAGUUCAACGCCAAUCAAAGGCCCAUGAUGUUUGGCAGCCAACAAGGCGAGUCGUCGCUUUCCCCUGCCAACCAAGCACCCCUUGGAGCUACCUCUGCUCAAGGCGGUCAAGGAGCAGAACAGUCAGCGUCCAUCGAAUCAGUGAUGGCUGCCUUGACACACCUGGCGGCAGUUUGCGAAGGUAUAGAGACCACCUUGCCCAUGGACGUCUAUCGUGAGCUGCAAAGAGAUUACAAUGCCUUGGUUUCCGCAGUGCAGGCGAAAAUAUACCUCCCUCGAGAACCUGUGCCUCAACCGAUACUGGAAGCUUCUAUACGCAUAGAAUCAAGGCUCAUGCAUCACACACCUGUCGACGAUGUCGCCAGCCCGGUUCUUGGGCGACGAGCCGCCCCGCCGUGUCAGAUAGAGAGCAUGAACUCGGUAGCCAUGGCACAAACAGUCGCAACGUUGAACCAGGCCUUUCCAAUGCCAUGUCGUAGUUGCGCGGGUACAGGUACUGCAUGCCAGAGGUCCUUCAUUGACGAAGAAUGCGCCUUCUGUGAAGGCUCCAACCGAGAGUGUAAAACCGACUAUACCGUGGACACCGGUCCACCACCAGUCAGUGGCGGUUCUGCGGGUGCGGCUGCGAACACGCGAAGAGUUAUGGACAACCUCUUCCAAGAACAUUGCAAGGCGAUUUUCGAUAUUGUCCACUCGAGGGUGAGGGACGCCACGACUGUUUACUUGAAUAUCGCUUUCUUCCAGAGAUGGCUCCAUUGCAACAUGGAGAUACGCGUCGCCAAAAACCCGCCGGCAUGCCUGGAGACAAGCAGAGGGUGGGCUGUGCGCGAAUGUGUCCAAGGACGCCUUAGUCGGAUGAAGUUAAUGGCUCGAGACACCCCCGAUACCUUUUCAGUUAGAUUUGGUGCAUUCGGACUAUUUCGAGACUCAAUCGCACGCAACCUGUUUUGGUUGGACACGUACUGGUUGGCAGAAAUUUGUCCAGAGCAGCGUCUAGAAAUCAGGAAUACGGUACUUGAUCCAUUGCCCCAAAUUGAGUCUCAUUCUUCCUCCCUUACUAAUCCUUCUUUCGCACUUCAGCUAGUGGAUUUACUGUCCUUCUGUAACAUCACCGCCGGAUACAUAUGCUCGGCACAGUCUUAUCUCGCGUUAGCCCACCGAGAGUUCCUGCGCGCCAAUUGUUACAUGGUCGCUCAAGGGUUUGUCGAGACCUAG